UUAUAUAUUUGCAUUGUCAUAAUCAUCUUGUAUAUAAAAGUGACGUAUUCGACAGGGAACGAUUUAUUUUAGUGCCAUUCUGCUUCAAUUGACUGACCAAAAUGGUGUACUUAAGUGUAUCUUUGUUGCUCUUUUUCUUUGCGAGUGCGUUUUCUGGUGGAGCGGAUUUGCUCACACCCUGUGACGUUCAUGAUACCGAUUGCUUAAGUAAAACAACACAAGAGUUUUUGGAGAAAACAAGUGCGGGGAUACCAAAUUAUAAUAUCAAGCGGUUGGAUCCACUCGUUAUACCAAAAUUAGAAAUAAAACUCUCUGAAAAGUCAGAACCAGUGCUACAUUUUAAGGAUCUAACGGUUACAGGAUUGAAGGGUCAACAAUUUUCUGGGUUUAAAAUGGAUACAACAGCCAAAACAGUAGAGUUGCAGACGAAAGCUGAUUUGGAUAUUGUUGGAGAAAUAACAUUAGAAAUGAAGAAAAAGUCCUACACUGGUUCAUAUGCAGCUAAAGGAACUGCGCUGGGAACAGCGAAAUAUGACUAUGCUUUCAAAACUGAUGACAAAGGAGUAGAACAUUACGAAAUUGGAACAGAAACUAAUGAAUGUCAAACUUUGAUUGACCCACAAGUUACUUAUGAUCAAGAACUAAUCCAGGCAUUAGAAAAAGAUACAGACCUGCAAGGGAGAAAACAACGUUAUUAUGCCAAUCAAAAGGACAUAGAACAAAGAAUUUUCUGUGAAAUUGUUUCUCACGCCUACAAAACCGUUGUUCAUAAUAUAAGAGCGGCAGCGAAAAUACUUCCUAAAAGCGCUUUUCUGAAAGGAGUCUGAUAAUCUGUUAUUACGCCUUAUUGCCAUUAAAGUAAAAUCAAUGAAUUGAAUAAGCAACAUACCAUAUAGACGGUGAAUAAAUUACAAAUCAUUUUGUUUUAGUACAAUAUUGUAAGUAUUAUAAAUGGUCUAUUAAAAAAUGUAUUAUUUAAAAAUAAAAAAUAUAUAAAUCAUGAGUAGUACACUAA